CAGUUAUCAAAAUCGAGGACCACCACAAAACAUCAACAAAUUGAAAAGUGCUUGGAUUAAUUAAAAAUGUUGAUUGUAAGGCGUAAUAUGAGCUGUCUUGCUUCCGUUUUGCGGUUUUCGGACUAUGGAGAGCCAUCGAAAGUUGUCAAAUUGUGUUCAGAGAAUAUAGAAACACCUCAUAAUGAUAAAUUACUCGUAAAAAUACUUCAGGCACCGAUUAAUCCGGCAGAUAUUAAUACAAUUCAAGGCAAAUAUCCAGUAAAACCAGCAUUUCCAGCUAUUGGAGGCAAUGAAUGUGUUGCUGAAGUUCUUCAAGUUGGACCUAAUGUCACAAAAUUACUAGUCGGUGACCUUGUAGUGCCUUUUGAGACCGGUCUAGGAACAUGGAGAAGUCAUGCAAUUUAUCAAGAAGAUGAGCUUAUGAAGGUUCCAAGUGGAAUUCCAUUACCAGAAGCAGCGACAAUUACUGUUAAUCCAUGUACAGCAUAUAGGAUGUUAAAGGAUUUUGUCAAAUUAAAGCCAGGAGACACAGUCAUUCAAAAUGGAGCAAAUAGCGCUUGUGGACAGAAUGUCAUUCAAUUGUGUAAGGCUUGGGGAAUCAAUAAUGUAGGAAUAGUUCGAGAUCGCCCAGAAUUAAGUGAAUUAACCAAAUAUCUUAAAAGUCUCGGUGCUACUGAAAUAUUAACAGAAGAGCAAUGUCGAUCAACAAGAGUCUUUAAAGAACGAAAGCUUCCAGCACCAAAACUCGCAUUAAAUUGUGUAGGUGGAAAGAAUGGAUUAGAAAUGUCAAAGCAUUUAGCACAGAAAGGAAUAAUGGUAACAUACGGAGGAAUGUCACGUGAACCGGUUAUUGUCCCUACUUCUGCAUUAAUCUUUAAAGAUCAUGAAUUUAGGGGCUUCUGGAUGACACGUUGGAAGGAAUCAAAAGGCAAAUGUGCUGAAUCGACUGAAAUGUUUGAAGAUCUGUUCCAAUUAGUCAUGGAUGGCAAGUUAAAAGCUCCAAAGCAUGAAUUAAUAUCUUAUAAAAAUUAUGAAGAAGCAUUAAGCAAUGCCUUAAAUGUUGGAGGCUUUAUUGGUUCCAAAAUCAUCUUGGAUUUUACUAAUUAAUUAAUUAAGUUUUAUUCAUUUGUAAAAUGUGAGUAUAAAAUACAUCCAGGAUAUAAAAUAGUGAUAUUUUUUUCACAAAUUAAGCUUCACGACAUGUCUGUUCUCAAAUGUUGUUGAGCAUGCAAAACAUACGGAAUUGGAUUGAACUAAGCAUUUUUUACAGAAAAUGUGAUUGCAUGUAGAAAUUUGAUAUAAAAC